AUGGCCUUCGAUCCGCUCCGCGGCUCAUGCGCUUGUGGUCGAAAUGAAUAUCAAAUCAAUAUCCCGGAUGAUGUGACAGACCAUGCCGAAGUGUACUUCGACAGCAGCCGAGACAAUCGUCGAUUCCACGGCACACCUCUUUCGGCGUGGCUACGAGUGCCUCUCGACUGGUAUCAAUCCCACACUCAGUCCUUCUUCCCAGAUGAAUCGCACUCUUCCAUUCGCCGCAUUCAUUCGCCCCGCCAUGCACCCCAAACCCAGCGUGUGUUCUGUGGAUACUGCGGUACACCCUUGACAUUCUGGACAGAGGAUCCUAUCGAAGAAUCAAACUUCAUGUCUGUCACGAUUGGCAGUCUGCUGGGGGAUGACCAGCGCGCAUUGGAUGAUCUACGAUUACUGCCUCGGGACUACGACGAGGAAGCUCCCCGUGCUGGUAUCUCGACCUCAUCUGAACUAACGCCAGCCUCAGAAACCGCUUCAUCUUCGGUCAUUGUUCCACCAUCUAAUGAUUCUGCGGAUAUCUCAAGGAGUGUACAGCACGGUAGAACUGGGGGGAUCCCUUGGUUUGAAGAGAUGGUAGAAGGGAGCCAGUUGGGUCGUAUGAUGCGUGCUCGACGUGGUAUGGGAGUCAGUGAUGAUCAAUCAACUUCAAUCCAGUGGGAAUUUAGCGAGUGGCAUGAUGAUGGAACCGGUACAGGCGGGUUUCUGCAACAGGAUUCGGACUCAGGCGGACACUUUAGGAGAAAUAGGAAGCGGGUGAACCAGGCCGAUGCUGAGAUUGAGUCUCCACCGAAGCGAGCAGGGUAA